ACAACCAAGUAAGGACGGGAGGAGGAAAGGAAAACAAGUCAGUCUAAGCCAUUAGCAACACACCCCCCACAGUUUCGGGUUUGGGAUUUUUGAGCUUUUUGCAGCUGAGGUAUGGCCCGAAAAGUGGUCCAAUUUCAACCACGGAACAGGAUCAAGGAGACAGGUCAAUGGACCACUGGCCUGUGUGAGUGCUACAAAGACAUUGGAGACUGUGACGAGUGCAGCCGGUGCAUGUCCGUGCCUGCCUCUGCUGGAUUGUAUAAGCUGUGUACCUCCAGCUUCUCUCGCCAUGAGGGCUUCGGUCAGGGAGCGAUACGGCAUACAGGGGAGUGCGUGGAGCGACUGCCUGUAUGGAUGCUGCUGCUAUCCGCUAUCUUGGCUCCAAAUUUCCAGAGAGCUAAAGAGAAGAGCGGCAUCCCACACUACUUCCUCUGCCAGAUAUGCUCCCUUAAACUCCCUGCAGGGGGCGCACUUGCCACUCCUGAUUACCUCAGAGAAUUCAGCAGGGACACAAUAUGUCCCGCAGAGAGAGCGGUUCAGUUCUUUUCCCCGGAUGAGGUGAAGGAGCAAUAA